AAAGAGUUGGUGUUGCCAUCCAAAGCCCUGAUACAUGGGCAGAAGGGCACUCACAGCAUCACUAUGUAGAGCUUUAGUGUAUAGAUGAAGAAUGUGGAGAGAAUGAAGUGACUGCAAUCCUGGAGGAUCAACCUCAGCAGAUGUGUAAGAGGAGCAGAGGGAUGAUGCGGAGCUAAAGCAUUUGAUUCUAGCCGCUGUCACUGUAAAAACGCACCUCAGGAAAGAUGUACGCCUUCUAUUCUCUUUUGGUGUACAUCUUCUACACAGUCUUUAAAAAGGAAGAGGAGGCAGCACUCGAGGGGGCAUGCGGAGAAUCCCCAGAGGAUCCCGGCCAUGUUUCCAUGGAAACAAGGAGCAGGGGGAAGGGUAGCCACACCCCCAAGUUGGGAAAAAGGGGAUGUGCAGGACUGAGUGAAUCAAGUAGCAGCAGUGAUAGUGAUGGAACUUCUCUCAGUGAUGAAGAUGAUGAUUUUGAUCAAGGUCAGGGGAUUCCAGCCAAAACACCAUUAGCAGCUUUCUUGUCUUUCAAGCAAGAAGCAGAAAAGAAAAGAGCCUCUAAUUUUCAAACAGAAUCGAGUGAAAAGGUGACAGAGUCUCCAUUGCUGUCUGUGAUGUCACACCUGCUGAGUUUCCUGGAGCAAUAUUCCCAUCUGCAACAGCUGCAGCAGCAGGCCGAUCAGUACCGUCUGCAGCUGCGUAGACAUCGCGCCCAGCACCGCCGGAAAAUGAAAGCCUUGCGUGCAUCGUACCGCCAGCGCCUCAGAGACAAGAACAGUGUCAUUAACAACCUGGAGGAAGUGAUCGCUCAGCAGCAGAGUCCAUCACCUGCAAAUGAAAGUGAGUGUAUGCUUGCUUCAGCCUCUCCUGCAGGGCUGCAUAAGUUGGUGCAGUCUCUAUGCGGGCUGCAGGGAGAGAGGAGUCAGCUGAGAGGAGAGCUUCGAUCGCUUCAUUCCCAGCUUGAGCAGAGAGAAAAUGACCGUCACUCUAAAGUACAGGCCUUUCAGCAGCAGAUUGAUGAGCUGAAGAGCUGUAUUGAGGAAAGAGAAGAGGAGCUGUCUAAGCUCAGAAUUGAAUCUGGAGCUACAGACUCAGAAAAACGGGUGAUCUGCUUAUCAGCGGAGAAUGAGAGUUUGAAACACAGCCUUACAGUGACACAGGGUCUUCUACAACAGCUAUCAGUCAUCCCAUCCCAGUCCAGUUCUGUCCUCAUUAAGGAAAAUGAGAACCUGCGUAGUCGUGUUUUGCAGCUGGAGAGCUCCCUUCAGCAGCGUGCAGAGCAGCUGUCCCGUCUGGAGUAUCAGCAGGAGCAGAGUGAUUGGAGGAGGGCAGAAGAGCAGAGGAGACGAGAGGACAGCGUGAGAGAGCUGCAGCUAGAACUGGACAAAGAACGCAACAAGGCCCCUGUGGUUAAAUAUGUCACUCAAACUGUGGAGGUAGAGUCACCUUCUACUAUACAACAACUAGUUGAAGCCAGGCAACAGAAUGAACAGCUAUCUGAGAAGCUAACCAAUCAGAGAGACAGAUGCCGACAGCUGGAGGAGAACAUCAGACACUCAGAUGAAGUCAGCUGCAAUUUGCAACACAAGAUUGCUGCAUAUGAGAGAGAGAUCGGGACCCUGAGAGAAGAGCUCAUGAAGGAGAUUGGGCAUCUUGAGGAAAAGAAAGAGGCGGCUGUAAAAGCGGCAGCAAACUGCUCUGAGGAACAUCUCCAGAGCUUGCAGGAGCAGUUCAUUACCCUACAGAGGCGUCUAAGUGCACUCCCUCCCAGCUUACGCUCCAUGAAAACCGACUACACCAGCCUUCGCAGUCAGGUCCGCAACUUCUCUGACUUCUAUGGAACAGCUAUCAAAGAUGCCAAAAAACAGAUUAUGGCAACUAUCAAUGAGAUGUCAGAGGCCAACAAAGACCUUCUGGAAAAAUACAGAAAAGAGGUAGCACUCCGCAGGAAGUACCACGAGCAGCUGGUUGAACUGAAAGGGAAUAUACGUGUGCUGUGCCGUGUAAAGCCAGUGCUGAAGGAAGAUAAGCAUGAGGAUGGCCAAACAGUAGUUGUGACAACAGACCCCAAUAACGAAUCUGCACUCACAGUUUUAAGCAAGGGAAAGGCCAAAACCUUUGAGCUGGAUAAAGUCUUUCACACUCAGGCCACUCAAGAAGAGGUGUUCCAGGAAAUCGAACCACUCAUCACAUCCUGUAUAGAUGGCUAUCAUGUCUGUAUUUUCGCUUAUGGCCAGACAGGAUCUGGCAAGACCUAUACUAUGGAGGGUACUACUGAGAACCCUGGCAUCAACCAACGAGCCCUGAAACACCUGUUCAAUGAGAUUGAGGAAAGAAAAGACAUGUGGACUUACUCUGUCAGUGUCAGUUCAGUGGAAAUUUACAACGAGGUCCUGAGAGAUCUGCUCAGUAAGGAUGGAGAGAAGCUUGACAUCAAGAUCAACCCUGAUGGGACAGGUCAGCUACAUGUGCCAGGACUCAGGGUCAUGGAGGUCAAAAGCUUCCAGCAUAUCAAGAAAAUUUUGGCCAUAGCUCGAAAGAACAGGAUUACAUUUGGAACACAGAUGAACCAGCAUAGCUCUCGUUCACAUGCCUUGCUCACUGUUACUGUGUUGGGCACAGACCUUGCCAGUGGAGCCAAAACCACUGGCAAGCUGAAUCUGGUGGAUUUGGCUGGUUCUGAGAGAGUAUGGAAGUCAGGUGCAGAGGGAGAGAGACUGAAGGAAGCCCAGAAUAUCAACCGCUCAUUGCUUUCUCUAGGAGAUGUGAUCCAAGCACUGAAGGCUCACCAAACUCACAUACCCUUCAGGAACUCAAGACUAACCUACCUGCUGCAAGACUCACUGGGAAAAGGCAACAAAACUGCCAUGGUUGUGCAGGUUUCUUCGCUUGAGAGUAAUGUUGGAGAGACGCUGUGCUCACUAAAGUUUGCCCAGCGAGUGUGCAAGGUGGAGCUGGGCCCUGCAGCACGAAAGAUUGAGACAGGAGGACAUAAUGAAAACAAAAGUUAA